CGCGCGCAUAAAUAUGUGGACGCGGGGACGACGCCUUCACUGUCAGACUGUCUGCAGGUGGAGGACGGACGAGGAGGCUGAGAGACGCCAACAUGGUCCCACUCAGGCUGGUCGCCUUCGGCUUGCUGGCUGCUGCUUGGUAUUUCACUCGUGCUGCUGAGGGAGGAGAGGUCAUCUACGCCUGCCUCAACGAGACCGCCGAGAUGUCUUGUGACGUCGGCAGCAAGAUAAACCUGGAGCACAUCCUGUAUAAGGUGGGCGUGGGGACGAGGUGUGGAGAGGGGAAACGCCACCCGGACGACGGCCCCGACACCUACUGCUCCUUCCCCUGGGCUGAGAUGGUGGUGGAGGAUCUAUGUGGGAACAGGAGGUCCUGCAAGGUCCCCGUCACCGAGCUGGUGUUUGGUGAAUAUCCCUGUAAGGAGGAGACCAGGUACCUGGAGGUGUCCUACAGCUGCGUCACGCCACCUCCUCCAACUCCUCCUCCACCUCCUCCAACCAAGCCUGACUGUGAAGACAAAUCAGCCAAAGAAGCCUGAUGUUCAGCUUUCAGCUCUUCACUCUUCGUCGUUGUUUUUCAUUUGUUCGUGUCCUGAGUCUCAGCUGGAAGCUCGAGUCCAGGUUCUGAGAGUUCAACAUGUUUCACUCUUUAAAUCUUUAAAGUCUCUGAGCUUUUUUUUACCGCAGAAGGAUUUGAAGUAAAUAAAAGUUUUACUCUUA